AGUGUGUGUUUAUGAAAUUGUCUAUCUGAAAUAGAAAAAACAAAAUCAUAUCGAUGCGGUAUAUAUAUAUAAUAUAAGUAUGUGUGUAAACGUAGAAUAGCCCUGUCAAGUUUGCUUCGACGAAAAUAGAAACCACAUCGGUAUUGAGCCUUGAAAAAUGUCUAACGCGAAGAUAAUAAAGAAUCCAGAAGUACCGGGAUUAGAAUGUUUCUUACCACCACCUCCGCCACCUCCACCUCCCACAACUUCAUCGACGAAUGGUAUGUUGACGACUGGUGGUACACAAAAUCAACAACAGCAGGAACAACAAAAAUCAACUGUAGAAACAACGACAACGAAAACGAUGACAACGACGUUAACAACGAUUACAACGGAAACGAUAACGAGCUCAACAACGGUAAAUCCGAACACGAUACAAACGACUCUUCCAAAUUUAGCGGUACCAACUCCGUAUAUCCUGCACCCUCCGAUGCAACCGCAAACACCGUCACAACCAGCCAUACCAUGGUGGAUUUCUACGGAGGCGGACACCUCGGCAGACAUGUAUGCGCAAUGGUACGAUACAUCGUACAAAACUGCACCAGCUGCAAAUACGGUUGUCCAAGUAUCAGCGGUUCAACAAUCGUCGAAACCGAAGAAUAAAUAUUAUAAGCGUAAGAACGAGUUCAUCGAUCCUGCCCAAGAUGCAGAGAAAGUUGCCAGCGCCCAAAGGGAGUUGUCGGCGCUGAUGAAGCCGCUAAAGUGCGAUCUCUGUAACGCGGUGAUGAACUCCACCCUGCAAGCAAAAUUGCAUUACGACGGUAAGCCACAUCAAAAGAAAGUAACCAUGUUUUUAAAUCAAAGCGUGAAGAAACAGAAAUCGGAAGAUGGUCAAGUCAGUAGUACAACUGAUUGGCAAAAUCAGUGCGAUAUCUGUAAGACGUGGUUCUCAUCGCAAAUCGAAGCAUCUCAGCAUUACUCUGGGAAGAAACAUAUAAGAGUAGCUCAUGGGGGUCUUCGCUCGAGGCCGAAAAAGUCACAGAAUCAAAAUCAGUACAACCAAAUAGAUUCGACCGGUCGAUACGGCAUAGGCAUGGCUUUCCAACAAGACGUGCAAGUGCCAGGAACAUCCGCCGUGGUAUCUGAUGUUAGUAACAUCAUGAUGUCACCGCAAGGAACCCCAACUCCCAUUUACACACCUCCAGCAUAUCCCACCCCACUUCGUUGCGAUCUCUGCGGUGUCUCCGCGAAUCGCCAGGAUCAACUAGAAACACACAAACGUGGUGCCAGACACAUGAGAAUGCUCAAACUAAAUGGAUUACCCAUACCUGAACUACUUUCUGAAAGUGAAAAUGCUUCGAGUUCGUCAGGUCCUAUAGAUUAUUCCAUUUAUAGAACACCCUCGGGGCAAUAUUAUUGCGCCCCAUGUAAUCUGUCGCUGAAUUCGGAGAGCACGUUCGCUCAGCACGUGGAAAGUAAGAAACAUAAAAAUCAAUCGAAUCCCAAGUCACCGUUGAACUCAGCAGUAAUAUCGAAGAAAGCAAGAUUCAAGAAGAAAUAAACGAGAGCAGAACGUAUAUAUCACAUAUUUUCAUUCAAAUUUGAUUUUUAUUCAACAGAUUAUCGACAAUCGUUAUGUCGAAUAAGUUAGACGCGUUAUCGAUCUUCACUUUAACGUUUAAAACGGAUUUAAUAAUAAAUUUGUGACGUCUUAACAUAAAAAACUACGCGUAAGAAUCACAUUAAAAAACGCGGUAAAUUUAACGAGCGUUUUUCCUUUUAAAUUAAAUACUCGCGGUGAAUCUUCGUAUCUGCCUGUUAUAUCGUCAACGCAGAUAUUAAGAAUUAAACUUAAGACCGAACAUUCGCCGUCGUCUGCGCCGAUGAUGAGAAACAUAAGCACGUUAAGCUGGGGCCAUAUUUUAAAUGAAAUACCGAUUAACUUUAAAUUAAAUUUACGCUAACUCGAGCGGUUACUAAGCGAAGCCGAGACGGAGUUCGUUACAAUUUCUCUCGGAAACGAUCAUCAUCGUUCAUCAUAUUUAUUCAAUUACAAAACUAUUAACGCUCGCUUGGAUUCAAGUAAGUAUUCUCGUUCCUGCCUAGACGUGGAGAAUUCGCGAGAUCGAAUCGUCGUCGUCGUCGUCGUAAGCCGUCCGUCGCGUUACGCGUCGCGUUCUCCCAAGCCUCCCGUGUCAUGGCCUAUGCGUGAAAUUUAUGCUUCGCUUGUUCCUCGACCUUCCGUAGAAUUUAUGACCAAGAGCGAACGAGCCUAACAUCGAACCCUCUCGGGUCUAUUAAUUACCUGCUAAGGCAACGUGUAUGACUUAUCAACCGUUUACCAGUAUCUUUUUUACCUUCACCUUGGUACGACGAAUAUAUGAUCGAAAGACCGGUAAACGUAUAUUGGAGAAUACUACUGUGUCAGACACGACGAAU